UCAACAUUAAGACCUCUGAAUAGAAUAACCCUCUGGCCUCCAGAAAUGUGGGCAUUCGCCCUUAACACCUCUCUUAAAUGUCGCCCUCUUAGAAGACGUACGGUAGCGCUUCCGCCCUCGCUCAGAUCUCGGGAAAGGAGGGGCGGAGGUUUAUGUCAUCACUGUGCGCCCGCCUGCCCAGCGACGCGCCGGCCGCUGGCGCAGCCCUUCGCUCGCCCGGCCUCCCCCUCCCUGGUUCCGCGCUCUGGUUCCGCCAUGGAAUCCAACAAGGAUGAAGCCGAGCGCUGUAUUAGCAUCGCCCUCAAGGCCAUCCAGAGUAACCAGCCCGACCGGGCGCUCCGCUUCCUGGAGAAGGCGCAGAGACUGUACCCCACGCCGCGAGUUCGCACCCUGAUCGAGUCCCUCAACCAGAAACCACAGUCUGCUGGUGACCAAGCCCAGCCCACAGGCACAGCCCAUGCCACCCACAGGAAAGCAGGUGGGUCCGACGCCCCCUCGGCCAACGGUGAAGCUGGAGGAGGAGGAGAGACCACCAAAGGCUACACUUCGGAACAAGUAGCAGCUGUGAAAAGGGUCAAGCAGUGUAAAGAUUACUACGAGAUCCUGGGAGUGAGCAGGGGGGCCUCCGAUGAGGACCUGAAGAAGGCCUACCGCAAGCUAGCCCUCAGAUUCCACCCGGACAAGAACCACGCGCCUGGUGCCACUGAGGCUUUCAAGGCCAUUGGCACGGCAUAUGCAGUACUUAGCAACCCAGAGAAAAGGAAGCAGUAUGACCAGUUUGGUGAUGACAAGAGCCCGGCAGCCCGGCACGGCCAUGGGCAUGGGGACUUCCACCGUGGCUUUGAGGCUGACAUCUCCCCUGAAGACCUUUUCAACAUGUUCUUUGGAGGUGGCUUCCCAUCUAGUAACGUCCAUGUCUACAGCAACGGCCGUAUGCGCUAUAACUACCAGCAAAGGCAGGACCGCAGGGAGAACCAGGGUGACGGCGGGCUGGGGGUAUUUGUCCAACUGAUGCCCAUCCUCAUCCUGAUCCUCGUGUCAGCUCUCAGCCAGCUCAUGGUCUCCAGUCCACCCUACAGUCUGAGCCUGAGGCCAUCGGUGGGCCACAUUCACAAGCGAGUCACUGACCAUCUGAACGUCAUCUACUACGUGGCAGACACCUUCUCUCAGGAGUACACAGGCUCCAGUCUGAAAACAGUUGAGCGGAACGUGGAAGAUGAUUAUAUCGCUAACCUCCGAAACAACUGCUGGAAGGAGAAGCAGCAAAAGGAAGGCUUGUUAUAUCGGGCCCGCUACUUCGGCGACACAGACAUGUACCACAAAGCACAGAGGAUGAGCACCCCAAGCUGUAACCGACUGUCAGAGACCAUGAAAUCCCUGGAGAAUUUUUGGUGACAUGCACUGAGCCAAGGUGAUGGACUGUAUAUUUAAGGAAAGACAUAAAAAGGAGAAAAACAAAACAUUAAAAUGGAUUGGAGGCCGAACGCCGCACAGCUGUCCUCUCUCUCACCCAGUCAGUGCAGAAAGCUCUUAGGACAGACAGGAAAACCUGCCACCGGCUGCUUCCCUUCCUCCCAGGGCUGGCAGAGGCUCAGGCUCCACAUUGGCUCUCUCCUAGGAUACAGAAACCAUGGCAACGAAAGCAGAAUGUAAAACUUGCAGCAAAUGUCUGUGGGAAGGGCUGGGGGAGGGGACUCCCCACUGCCUUUCUUCCCCCUCCCAGAAGCUACCACCAGUCACCUCUCAGUGGAAUCCGGUGGUCAGAGGCAUAGGUCAAGGAUAGAAAGGAGGAAAGAACUUUCCAGAGAAUGUAAUUUAUAGAUGCAUGUAUAUGUAUAUAUAUCUAUUUAUAUGUAAAUAGCAUAUAUAAAGAUAUAUAUAGAUAUAUAAUCUACUUUUUGAACUAUGCAGGGAUUUGGUGAAUUGAUUGGCUGAUUUCUUCCGUUUUAGAAAACGGACUGUUUGGGUAUGGCAGCCUGGUCCUUCAAAGGCUAGACAUUAGCCAUAGCUGACAACAUAAGGAAAGUCGGCCAUAGCUUUUAACAUUCCCCUCAACCCCCGCCUGGUUUGGAUGGCAACAGCAGUCAUGACCGUGUAAAUCUGUAGAAAACUUGAAAGUUGCCAGGUUUAUGGUUAAGCUGAAGGGGAGAAAGUGCCCUUAGGGCCAGGUGCCAUGUCAGUAUUGAGUCAUGGUAGAGGCCCCAGGUAGCCUUCUGGGGUGAGAUCACCCACCUCAAGCUUCGGCCAGCUCAGAUGGGCUCUUUGUCCUGGUGCCCGGAGCCCUCUGACCCCCUGCCACAGAGAACAGCCCGGUGGAAGAGGAGCCAGGUUCUGCCUAGCCACCUCCCCCCUUAGUGAGUUUUGCCUUAUAGGUGCCACAGGGCACAGCUCCAUGGUCGCCACUGGUUUUUCCCGAGUCGUGCACCAAGGACUCCAGAAGGCUCUUCCUCCAAGAGUCAGCCCACUGGUACCCAGGACCCCAGGGCAACAGCCAACUCCUGAAGAAAGCCGGUGCCUGUGGGCACCUCUGCCUCUGCACUCCCUGGACAUGGUGCCACCCAGCCUUCUCCUGCACUUGGACGAGGAUGCAGCUGAACCAGAGGGUUUCUUAUCCUCACCUUCAUAUAAGGGUUUUUCUCAAAACAGCAGUUGCUGCCACGGGAAGGGAGGAUUUUGUUUAUUCCCAGUUUCAACUGGGUUUUUUGGAAUUACCGUUUUUUUCCCCCAAAUUUUCCUCUGGCGGUGGGUGUGUCGAGCCUGCCAUCUUCCACAGCCUUACUUCCCAAGCUGCCGGCUAGGCGGUGUGAGCCGUCUUCCCAGUUUCUCCUGGCUCGGUUUUUAAAGUCCCCAAACAAAUAGAAUUCUUGCUGGAAAAGGAAGCUUGGUAAAGAAAUGUCAGUUCUGGUUUUUGAACAAGAUCCUGCCCUGUGAUGAAACAGCCACCCCGGCCCAGAGAGAUGUUGAGAACUGGACAUGGGCAAGAGUGUCCCAGCACAGUGGCCCUGGUGCUCUGCCCACAGUGUCCUGAUGGCUGGUCUCGGGAGAUGUCCCUAGACGAGCUAAGCCAUGUGCAAUAAGAACAGGUCCUAAAGGAUCCCCCGAGAAGCUGUAUUUCUUGAAAGAAUUCUGAAAUUGUACAUCUAUAAAUAUAUGUUUAUUAUGUGA